AAGGCCAUCGUUACCAAUUCAUGUUCCUUCGGUGGUACCAGAACAUCCGGAGGGCGGAGCGGAGAAUAGUGAAGAGUUGUGGGGUUAUUUCGAACGCAAGGGGCUAACACCUACUGCUUCUUCCUCUCCAAAGAUGUUGGAUGUAAACAGGAGUCUGAGUGCCAAUGCCGUGAUCCCCAAGCGGGCCGCCAAGCUGACGUUAUCUCCUUCCCUUAACUCGUUGUCCACAACAACGACGCGACCACCUGUCAAGAUGACACAACGCAUCACUAGGGCUAAUAUCCCUCAGGAUGUUGGAGAGGAUGGAUUUGACACCACCCGGCCUGCUGUCAGUACACUAUCGCCGCGCACGAUAUUGUCGUCUAGUCCUCGAACACCUCAGACGGCAAGUUCAAUACGGACGCCGGGUUUGACAGCUGAUGGUCAAUCUCCCAUUUCCCCUUAUACACCACGGACCCCUGUUUACUUCUCCAAACCCAUCAAACCGAGGGCACAGCGAUCCCUGACAGAUUCAAAGGUUAUUGGGACCGGGGGCGACCGACCUGCGACGAGACCCUCACAUACUGUGGCGUCUCUCCUCAGCACAAACGGGAGGUUACCGCCUCCACCCGCUUUACCUCUUCAAAGUGGCAGCAAUAGCCCCAACAGGGCGAUCAGCCCCAACCGUCCCAGACAUUUAGCUUCUCAUUCCUCUUCCGCGGCCCUUCCAUCCCCUUCAGAACCCUCUUCUUCUAUGGCUCAAGCACAGUCUCAAUCACAAACCUUGUACAUUCCACCUCCGCUCCCAUCACCGCCCUUCGAGUCCAUCAUUCCCACCCCGUUUGAUACGGACGAAGAUUUUGCGCUCUCUCUUCCUUCUCUCGGGGUCACAAUGCCCGUCACACCGAGUACGCCUGGCACUCCAUGGAUGGGUGUCGAUUCUUCGCGCAAGGAUCCGGACGCAGACUCGAUUAUCAUACCUCCGAGUCCUGGGUUCCCUCUAAUCACUGCUGAAGAACGGCAAAGAAAGAACCCGAUGGCAACUCGUUGA